GAAUUUUACUUGCUGUAAUGGUAUAUUGCAGAAUCUUUGAGAACAAUGAAGGUGAAAAAAAAAGAGAAAAUAUAAAGUUGGGAAGGACCAUUCAGUUGGUGGAAUUUGUUGCAGUUUAUUGAGGUUUGAACCAGAAGGCAUCAGUUCGAGACAGACACAAAGCAGAUCUGUCUUGAACUUCUGUGUCCUAAAACAGCAACAAUGGCAAAAACCAUGACCGUGUGGUAUCUUUUGCUCACCCUUUCCUUCGUUUAUGUUGCCACUGCUGAUACUCAAAUCAAAAUAACUAACAAUCCUGCUGACAAGUUGGUAGCUGCAAUAAACGAAAACAGAACCGCUCACAAGGUAUCAACCUUAACAGACAACCCGGGUCUUGCAUGUAUUGCUCUACAAUACAUUAAGGCAUACCAAGGUGAUUGUGAUGCUGUGGGUGGACCUGAUGGGAAGAAACCUCCAGAAUCUCAAUUUGCGGAAGUUUUUGCUCCAAACUGUGGUGUUCAGGCAUCAACUCUUGCUCCUAUAACUGGUCGUUUCCUGGGGUGCCAGACUAAUUAUGUACAUGCACCCGAGGCAUUUUCUGAGAUCCUCAUAAGGAACCAAAAGAGCUUAGACAUACUCUACAGUAGGAACCACACUCAGCUUGGUGCUGCUGUGACAGGUACUGAUGGAGGGUCUCCUUAUUUCUGGUGUGUGCUGUUUAGCAGUGGCAAACCUAACCAAACCUUUGCUUUGGAGGGUGGUGUGGCUAAAAUAACAAAGCCUGGUUGCUUCAGUGGAGCCAAUGAUGAGUGCAGUGGAGCCAGUGAUUAUUGGUCACCGCUCAAUGGGAUGUGGGUUUUGGCCACUUCAGUUCUUAUUGCAAUGGGGUUUGGUUUAGCAUUAUGAGCAUAAAUUGAGAUAUAUUGUAUGAUUUCUACAUGAUUUGGAGGAAGGUAGUCUUUGUUGUAUAUGAAAGGCUUGGCCUCAGCUAUUCUUUUUCCCCCUUGUUUGAUUUGUAAUUUGAGAAGAGCUUCAUUUUCCUCA